AGCUCUGACAUCCUUUGAAAGCCUUGACUCGAGAGAAUUGCAAUAUUUAUUUAUUAGCCAGAUUUUGCAUUUAGUUGGCUUAAUACACCAACUUUUAGAAGGAUCUGUCUGAUAGAAAAAGCUUCGAUUCUUGCCUUUCAUGGCGAUUCAAUGAGGUCUAUGAGACUACGAUCUACUCUUCAAAACUGCAUGUUUGAUCCAACAAGGCGAAACUGUGUUACACAGUUUGGUGUUUGUGGUUGAGAAGAUACGCGGCCUGUGUUAAAAAUAUCACUGUAUUUUUUAGGAAUAUUCUUUAUGUGUAUUUGCAUUACUUUACAUGUCAGAAGUUUGUUAGGAUUCUUCUAUUAUUUUGCUCUCUGUCAUGCCGAGGUAAGGUCUCAAUUGUAUAAAGCAGCCACUAAGGCCUCAUUGUAUUCAAUCAAUUCAGUGAAUAAAGAUUCUUCCAUACAACUGUCUUUCCAUUUUUUUCAUGCUAUCAGAGAACUCUUGAGAAAAGAGUUUUCCUUUCCUUCAUUUUACUUUUUCUCGGUUGCCAAACAGCAUUCAUGGCUAACCCCAACGAUCCUAACCCUCAAUCAGUCACGAAUGUUGAUCAUCCUUCAAACCCAUAUUAUCUUCAUUGUUCAGAAAGUCAAGGUGCCAUGCUUGUUUCUCAACCCCUCUUUGUUUCAAGGGAUAACUAUCACAACUGGCGUAAAUCCAUGCUCAUUGCCUUAGAGGCCAAAAACAAACAUGUCUUCCUUGAUGGCUCCAUUUCUCGUCCCUCUGAUAAUGAUCCUCUUUUUGGUUUGUGGUGCUGCUGCAACAAGAUAAUUUUUUCUUGGAUUCUCAAUGUUGUCUGCAAAGAGAUAGCCAAUGGCGUGCUUUACAUAGCCAAUGCUCAGGAGGUUUAGGAUGAUCUGCUUGAUCGUUUUUCUCAAGCAAAUUUUCCAUGCAUUUUUCAACUGCAAAGGCAGAUUUUUAGCCUUUCUUAAGGUUCCCUUUCAGUUUUUGCUUGUUUCACUCUUCUCAAAGGCCUAUGGGAUGAGCUUAGCAACUAUAAACCCCUACCUGUUUGCACCUGUGGUGCUCUCAAAGAAGUCAUUGCUGCUCAGCACUCUGAGUAUGUCAUGCAAUUCCUUGUUGGCCUCAAUGAAUCCUUUGCUGCUAUUCGAGCCCAAAUUCUCUUCAUGAUAACCCUUCCACCCAUAAACCAGUUUUUUCCCUAGUCCACCAAGAAGAAAGAUGGUGUGAAAUCCUCCCUACUAACCCUAUAGAACCCAUGGCCCUUUUGUCUCGCCAAGACCCUAGUCGAUCCACAAGACAAGCUCCUUCUCGUGGAAAGGACAGACCACUCUGCAGUCACUGUGGCUUCUUAGGCCAUAUUGUUGAACGCUGCUACAAGCUGCAUGGAUACCCACCUGGUUUCAAGUCUGAAAAUAAAGCAUAUGCAGCUAACGUGUCUGCUACUUCAGGUUUUGUUCAUGCUACUUCUGAUUUUCUAUUUAACCUUCAUGUUUCUCCACCCGUGGCAGCACCUGCUAUGUCCUUCACCCCAAAGCAAUACCAGCAGCUUAUCUCCCUGCUUAAUUCCACCUUUGUGAAGCCAACAAGUUUUCCUGCUCAGUCUGCUAACUUAGCCUUCUCUCACAGCCUCUUAGGACCUUAAUAGCAAGAAGAUGAUUGGAGUGGGUGAAGAAAAUGAUGGCUUUUACUUUUACAAGCAGACUGCCUUGAAUAACUCUAUCUCUAGUAUUCCUGUUGCUGCUUCUUGUUUUGAUUUAUGACAUUGUCGACUUGGGCAUGUUUCUGCCUCUAGGAUGAGUUUAUUACAUAAACAAGAUUCUAGCAUUUCAUGUUUAGACUCUUUUCAUUGUACUACUUGUCCUCUGGCAAAAUAGAAAUGUUUACCUUUCAAUAUUAGCAAUUCCAUUGCA